AUGAAAACGUUUUUACUCCUGGUUAUACUUCUCUGUUGUGAGACUACAGAAUCAUCGGAAUGCUCGUGUGCUUCUGGAGAAGUGUGUGUAAAGGGGAAGUGCAGCGAUCAAUCGACGUUAGCUCGUGAAACCCGUUCUGGUGAUGAAUGUGGUACUUGUCCACCGGAUACAUUCUGUAGCAACGGCCAAUGUAUUGGGUACCCAUGGCCAGUGAACAGUGACUCAGUUGGACUUAAGUUCAUCUCUUGGAACGAGUCCGUCCUUCUGGGCAAGUCUCAGAAUGGCGUCAUCGGACUCUCCCAUGCGACGAAUAGCUCCACAGAUAGCGUAGCGAGUUGA